AUGGUCGCCACAGUAAGCAGCUUCCGCUCUUUAUCGCUACCCACGUCUCUUUGGCUAUCACGUUCCUACACACAAUUCCAGCAACGUUUUGUGAUGUCGUUUUAUGCUCCAAUCAAAUACGUACCAAGGCCCGCCACAUCGCUGAUCCAUCAUCCAUUGAGCUCAUCAUUUUUAGAAUGUCUGUCAAAAAGUCCAUCCACGUCUUUGAAGCGCAACGAAAUCAUGUCGCUGGCCUAUCUUGGCGUUCGCAUGGGGUGCUUUCUGGCCAUGAUUGAGACCCUUACGCUUCUUAUUGCAGUUCUCGCUAUCUGGCUAGGUCAGCCGAACACUCGUCAAACCGUGGGUCAAAAGGCUCUUACGUCCCGCAGCGGGCUCUGCGCCCUUCAGUAG